GCCGCGGGACCCCGGCAAAUCACAUCCGGAAGAGGGGGCGCGAGGGGCGGAGCGUGCUUCAGAGGAGGGACGACUCCUCCCCCGCGCCGCUCGCGGUCCCUCCGCCGCCGCACCUCUGCUUCGCAGAACCCGCAGUCCGGCCUGCACCCUUCGAACCCCUCUAGGCUCGAGGCUCCCAUCGGUGAUGGCGGACGAGGGCACGGGGGCCUUGGAGAGUGCCGCGCACCCGCCAGCUGACCCUGCGCAGGACGGGGACGUGAGCCCGGCCUCUGCCGCCUGCUCCGGAGAAAUGGAGGACCCAGGGCGCCCCGAUCCUGCAGCUGGCCCUGGGCGCUGGGAAGCGGCCUCUGCGGCGACUGUCCCCGACCUGGAAGACGACACGGUGGGGAAGGAGGUCCCAGAAACCUGUGGCGCAGACGAAUGGAAGGCUCGCCCGGGAGGCGGUGGGAGGGCCGAGGAUGUGACCACCGAGAAGGGAGCCAUCUUCGUGGAGGAAGCAGAGAAACCGGUGGGGGAGGAGAAGCUAGAGGUGGGCGCCAAUGUCCCUGGGGACCCAGGCCCCUUCAACCUCGAACGCCUAAUUGUAGACCCACUGGAGGCCAUCCAGUGGGAGCUGGAGGCGGUCAGCGCCCAGGCCGACAGGGCCUACCUGCGGCUGGAGCGCCGGUUUGGGCGGAUGCGCCGGUUGCACCUAGCCCGGAGGAGCUUCAUCAUCCAGAAUAUUCCGGGUUUCUGGGUCACUGCCUUCCUAAACCACCCGCAGCUGGCAGCCAUGAUCAGUCCUCGAGAUGAAGACAUGCUCAGCUAUCUGAUGAACUUGGAGGUGAGGGAGCUAAGGCACGCCAGGAUGGGUUGCAAGUUCAAGUUCCGGUUUUGGAGCAACCCUUACUUCCGAAAUAAGGUGAUCGUGAAGGAGUACGAGUGUGGAGCUUCGGGCCGGGUGGUGUCCGUGGCCACUCGCAUCCGUUGGCACCGGGGCCAGGAACCACCAGCCCUAGUGCACCGCAACCGGGACACUGUCCGCAGUUUCUUUAGCUGGUUCUCCCAGCACAGCCUGCCUGAGGCUGACAGGGUGGCCCAGAUCAUCAAAGAUGACCUGUGGCCCAAUCCCCUGCAGUACUACCUCCUGGGGGAGAGACCCCGCAGGGCUAGGCGGGGCCUGGCCAGAUGGCCUACAGAGGCCCCUACCCGGCCCUAUGGGUUCCAGUCUGGCUAAGUGGGCCUUGGGGUGGCACCUCCAUGGUGACCCCCUCUGCCUUUGCCUUCUACCCGCCCACGUGUGCUCAGGCCAGCGGUGGCUAUGGGUGCCUUGCUGUCAGCUUUCCCUUCUGUGCACCUUGGCUGGUCUGGAUGUGUAGUGAGCUCAGCCCCAAGAGUUCCAGUCAGUCUCUGCUAUUUCCAUGUAAGUUUUGUGUUCGUGUCAGCAUCCCAGAACUGUCACCUCUCCACCUGCACCAAGUACCCAGUGCUGUGGAUGUGUGCCGCUGUCAACUUUGUGACCUGAACAGUCAAUGACCUUGGCCUCUCCUGCAAACUGGGCCUCCUGGACCUGUGCCCUGGGCUCACAGUGACCCUGCCUCCUGGCUCUGGGUAGCUGAGUCUUAUUGCCCAGCGUGGAGCAAGUGCAUCUGGAUGUUCCCACAGGCCAGCCUGCUGCCAGAUGAACUACCUGCUCUCUCUGCUCCUUCUGCAGGGUGUCUGCCCACCAGGGGUGCUGCACACGAAUGAGACAAAGGGCACAAAGUAGCUGUCAGCACAUUGUUCUACCCUGUGUUGGUCCUCACCCCAGCCUGCCCCUGGCUUGUGCACCUCAGCAAGGCAUGGCCUUGACCUUCCUGUUAUGUUUAGACCAGGUCACCCUCAGCAUUGUUGCCUGUUCCCGGAUCACUCUCAGACAUGGGCGAACUUCCCUGCAGGCGCACGAGAGAGCCCCUGAACCCUGCCUGGCUGCAUGUAUGUUCUGGGGGACUGCUAGGUCAAGAUCCCUCCCAGGAACCCUGAGCUCUGUGCCCAGUUCUGGGACCCAUGUAGAAUCCAGGCCCUUGGCCAGUCUGCCUCGCCUCCACCUGCUUUUAGUUUGUCAGGGUGCAUGCAGGUGCUGGCCAGAAGCAUCUCUGGUCAUGGGCUUGCCCACAUGUCACAUGAUUUGUUUUUCAAAAGUGAUGGCUCAGAAACAAGAUAAACGAAAAGGGAGAUUUUUGCAAACAGGUGAGCAGACAGCCUUUCUGGUUGAAUUUGUCUCCCAAGAGGCAGAACCUGACCUGCGGGCUGGCAGCACCUUCUUCCCUUUGCCAGAGCCUGGAAUCUUGGGCAGUAGACACUGUGUAUUUGCUGAAGGGCCACCAGGAAGUCCCCUGGGAAGGGGCUGUUCAUUAUUCCUUUUUAUACUGUUCUUGUAGAGGAACUUUAGCCCCCAAAGUUCUGUCCCCUCUGGGUCCAAACCCUCGUGGGCUUGUUGCCAGGUCCUCUCCCCCACCCUCGGGCUUGCAGAGCCAUCUGCAUAGCAGACCCCUUUCCACUGUGGAAGGCCUGGUCUGCUGCUGCAGCUGGUGGCAGUGCUCACCCCCACGAGUGUGGAGAUCUUGUGCAGAGAUGGCUGUCCAGCCAGAGCCAGUGGGGGCCUGGGGGAAUAUUAGGGGGUGGAGGAGUGGUUCCUGCUUUGUGUCCGCCAGUGUGUUCUGCAAAUCGGGAGGACAGCAGGACACUGCAGCUAUCCAAGUCCCUUUCGUCUGUGCUCUGUGCUUUGGAUUUUGUGGCUUGGAAGGCAGACUCCUGGCAGCAUCCUGUCUUCGUCCCAGUCCCCUCCCUGGGCCUGCCUGUGGCUGUUAGUAUUGACCAUUUGCAAAACUAUCAGUGUCCAUUUUCUAUGCCUUUUGGAAAUUCGUGUGACUCAUCACAACUGCUGGACUGAGAAAUGGUGUGAGCAAGAUGAUCAGUAGGAUGGACCACAGAAGCUGGGACUGUGGGGGGAGCUCGGUCCCCCAGCAGGCUGGGGGCUGUGGGUGUCUGUGCCCCAGUGGUCCAAUGGUUAACUGGCCUCGCUGUGGUGGUGAACGCUGCUUCUGCAGAGCCCAGUGUGGCUUGAUCAGUACAGAAUUAGUGACAUUCCUGUCUUCUGUAUGCAUGAUGAAAAAAUAAAACCUUUCAUCUGGGAAAA